AUGAGGGGGUGGAUGCGUGUCCUUAACGCGGCCGAGACGCACCGGAGGCGGAGGUUCAAGGGAAGAGAGUCAAGAAGGGUGAACUCCUGCGCCUGCGCACUGGGUCUGGCGGAGAGCGGAGGAGGCGCUGGGGAGCGGCACGUUGUGCGUCUGCGCCGUGGGCCCAGCGAGGACGGUGGACACGGCGAGGGCGGCGUGUGCGGGACCGCGAGGGGGCGACGGGGCGCGAGGCCGGCCGGGCGGGGCGGGGCCGGGCGGGGCGGGCAGGGGGAGGGGCCGGCGGGGCAACUGCGGCGGCGGCGGCGGCGGAGCGGGCGGCCUGGGAGGGAGCUGCUGCUGCAGGAGAGCCUGGAGCCCCGGCCAGGGCGGGGGCCGGGACAGACCCUCACCCAAGGCUCGCUUCUGCCCCUGUACCUCCCCUCGGUCUUCAGGAUCGGGGGAGCCCCGCUGCCCCCCACUGCCCGGGCCUGUGCCCUUCCCCGUGGCUCCAGGACCCCAGAGCCCUGCAUCCCUCUAGUGCCCAGGACUCUUCCGGGGCCUCGUGCCCCCGGCCCCUGCACCCCCGAGGGCCCCGAGGACUCUGCCGCACUCCCACCCAUGGCUUCCGGGACCCCCGUGUCCUGCACCUCAGGGGGAGCGGGGCGCCCCUGCCAGAUUGCACCCCCUCAGUGGUCCCAUCCCUACCCGCGGUCCCCGACUCCCUGCCUCAUGUAUCGCCUUAGUCCCCCAACCCCCGCUGCUCCCCCUCAGGCUCCCAUGCCCCUCUCCCCAGCUCUUCCCACCCUGGUGCCCCGAACUCGCCUCACCCCGUCUCCUGUGGGUACCUGGCUACACCCCCCUUUGGUGCCCACACCCUCCUUCCAGCUCAGGAACCCUCUGCCCCAAGACACCCCCUUAGUCCCCAGGACCCCCUUCUCAGGUACCCCACCAUGCAUCCCCCGGUCCUCCACGCCCCCCGAUCCCCAGUCUCUGCUGUCUCCCUAA